GGGUAUCUCAGUGCGCUCUACAUGCAUGUCAACUUUGUUGCUAAUCAUUAUAUUGACCCCAUUCGAAGCUUUGCAUCUCCUAACUGGCAGUGUUGUUUCCGCGUGAUUUGCUUUGGUAUUUCGCUUAAGAAUGCACCUGUGUUCAAGCCUGCUACCGGCGGGCAGGUUCAUAUAUAGCUCCAUUCCGCCUUCAGCGAAGACAAGGGCCAGAUAAGCUCCGUUCACCAUCGUCAAGCAAAGGAACUUAAGCAAGCUGCUUGCGAACCCAAACUUCACCAAGUUAUCUCUGGUCGAUUCUCGGUUUUCGUUCAGAUGGCCGCUGAACUGAUGAACCGUUCCCGUAGCUUGGCCGAAGGAGCUGUGGUCAUGGUAUGCCCUGUGCUUCUAGCAUUGUCUCUUGACAAGGUCGACCUCAAAGUGUAUGGGCGCCCUGCUUUCUUCGCCAUGCUUGCCAUGGCAGGUAUCACUUUAAUAACCGCUAUCUGCCCCUUGCUCGUGUGUUGCUUCACCAAGAGGUUCCCAAACAUGGGUAACAUCGAGCCUGCCCCGGUGACGGCGAGCCUGGCAACCCUCUCAUCUUCUUGCCUCCUCAUCCUCGCCUGCUUCAUGGCGCAGCUCGUUGUCUCCAAACAAGUUUUAAUCGCCGUGGGCGUCCUAUGUGGAGCCUUCAUCCUAGUUCGAGCGGUCUCGUACUGCCUCGGCGGAAAUGGUGACCCGUAUUCACCGGAUCUGCACAAGGUACUGGAUGAAUCACAUGAGUUCUUGACGGGCGUCACUGGAAUCCUCUUUCUGGGGCUUGAAGGUUUGGCACUAGAAGGUCAUGAGAAUCAGAUGGUUCAGAAGGUCGGGCUUGUGGGCACCAUCAGCUUCAUAGUUUGCGCUCUUGGUGUGUGCAUGAUGUACCUCGAGAUGAUCCCCCCUUUAUACUUCAAGAAAAGGGGAGAGGGAGAGAUUGUGUGUUUAACUCUGAUGCUCGACAGCAUCAUGGCUGGUGGUACCUUCACGGUGUUGAUGGUUGUCAUGCUUAAGCUCAUGGGUCCUCCAGCCCUGAUGCUCUUCGCACCUCCAGCAUUGAUAAUCGUCGAACUUGCGUAUCAAAUGGCCGUCGAUCGGAGAUCCCUUCUCGCCGACCAAGCACCCGGCGCUGUCCAAGCGUCCACAACGGCUUCGUUGGAACUGACAAGAGUCACCUUCACUGGAUUCUUGGCUGUGUCGAUAACAGCCAUCCGCAACACUUCGCCCAGCAUGUUGACCAGUUGUUUCCUACUAUUUGCGGCAUCGGCUAUUGUGUUUGGUCUCUCAUGGAGGCUCCUGUCACAGACCCAGAUAAGGAACCGUCUGGCCCAUCGUGCUUUAUCGGAUCUUGUUGCUUCCUCUGCUGACCUGGCUUCCUUGUGCACACAUUUCUGCAUUGUAAUCACUACGAUUCUAUUCCUAGCAAUGGCCGGGACAGCCAGAGGAAAAUGAUGCCCAGUAGUGAAGCACUACGUGUGAUAUUUCCUCCUACAAAAUUUGUUAGUUGCACCUGCGCUCAUGUGUUAUAAGUUCUAACAUGUUUGUUCUAUAUCUAUAAUAUCUGGUUCAG